AUGCCUUCGACACUGGAUAUUUCACCCAGGACAAAGAUGGUGAAUAUCCCUCCUGAUGGAAUUCUCACAGGCGAAAAAUACUAUCUUAUCCUUGGGGGCCUAUAUCCCAUUGUGCCUAGCUUUCUAGACUGGGAGUUCCCCCAUGGUCGCAUUCCAGAACCCUGGAACCAGGCUCCCGUUACAGCCUCUUCUACCACAUCUGGUUGUGCUGUUACCAAUUUUUCACUCUGCACUAAGCAAGCCCACAUUGUUCCAAGGGAAGAGGAAACCUGGUAUGCAAGGAAUGGAAUGGACAUAUAUGGGCUCAAUCUUGGUGAUAUUCACGAGACAACCAAUGUCCUUCCCCUCAGAUCUGAUAUCCACAGGUGCUUUGACAACCGAUGGUUUGUCAUAGUCCCAAAAACUGCUGGCACUGAAGUAUCUACUCCAGCGACACUCCAUUCUCCUCAAUUUGUCACGCAUAUCUUGUCAACUGAAAUGGCUCAAUACUGGCCUACGUACCAUAACACCCUUGUCCAGCACCUCCAGGUUGACUGCCGUCCAUAUCUAUUUGCUCGAUUUGCCUGGGCUGUACUCCUUCAUGUCAAACCAUUUAUCAACAGUGGUAUCCCACGUCACAUCAUUCGACUGCAAAUGACAUCCAAUGAGGGACAAUAUGUGUUGAAACGCAAGGCGGAGUUACUGACUGGUGCAGUGCUUAAGAAAAGCUAUGGGGGUAUAGAGUCCGGUGUUAGCAACGAUGCCAGUGUGGAUGGAGGCUUCUGGGAGGACACGAUGUGUGAAUGA